CGUUUCUUUACGUGGUUGUGACGUCAUACUCUCGCGAGAGGACGCCAGUGCCGUCUGGGUUCGCUGUCCUGCAGGAGUCAGGGAGACAGACUUUACCUGCGCUGCGGGACUUUUAAACAGCGUCCCGGGACUGCGGGAUGUGUUAAUAAAUAUAGACUGUUCCUGGGAAAGCGGCGCUUCUGGGCGACUCAAAGAGAACUGGAAUGGAGUCCUGCCGCUCAUCCAAACCCAAUGUUUGACACUUGCAGUAGCCAGAUAAAUAUUUAGCAUGUCAAACGUGUAAUAUGCUCAGUGUCGCAGGGAUGAGGAUUCAGGGGGAUACACGAUCUUGAGGCUAAAGUGGUCUGCGGUAUUACACAAACGUUUGCUAAUAUGCAGGAUAAAUUGGAGAAGUGCAGACCUCGUCCUCGGAGGCCUGACAAGGAGCUGUAUGUGCCGAAAGCUAGACGGAGAAAUGCAACACAAGAGACAGAACUGGAAUAUGCCCUUGAAAACAGCACCGAGCAAAGGAAUGAAUGUGCUUGUGAUGCACAGGGUCAGACAAAGACUGACAAAAGAAUGUCCCACAAGAAAUCUCCCGGCCAUCAUGCACGAGGAGAAGGCAAAUUGACCACUGGAUCAAGGGACACUGGGCCACAAGUCAAGGAUAGGAAAUCUUUAAGGACCCCUGUAGCACAGAAACACAGUGAUCAAAAUAAAAGGAAUCAGGUGGCAGAAACAACAGAAGCUGAGGACAAUGCUUUGUUAUAUGAGGCAGUUAACACGAUAAGAAUUAAUGAGGCAAAGGAGGCAUUAUUACCGGGCUUGGAUAACAGCCUUGUGGCUGCGUCUCCUGUUGCGUCUGUUGCAUCUAGUCAGAAUUCUGCUCUGUCAAAGCAAGCUGAACAGGUUGUGGCCCAGAGCAAUUCUGACUGUCACAGACUUCCAAAACAGCUUGAAAACAUAAAACCAGGCCUAGCAGAGAGCGAAGGGGAGCAAAAUAGCUCCAGAAGGGAAGAUCACAUCAAGGAAUGGUGUCAGUCUAGCAGGUUAGAAAUGUGUGGUGCAGCCAAGACAGAGUUGAAGGAGACUCUGACUCUGAGCUUAUUGCACAGUGAGGAGCAGGUUAUAAAAAAAGGAUCGGUGUCAGCGUCUGACAGGGAAAUGUCAGGCUUAGUGGCCAGUGCCCCAUCCAGCAGCUUUGAUCAUAUAACACAGAAUCCAGGCAAUACCACUGACUGCUUGAGGGAUGGCUCACAUUACCAUUCAUAUAGUGCUGAAGUCAUCUCUGCCACUGAUAUUAAUAUCUGUACAGAGAAAGCUAAGCAGCAUGCACUUUGCUCAAACGAAGCACCAAUAAAUGCUUCCGGGGCAUUAUGCAAAAAACAAGAAACUAAUAUUAAGGAGACAUUAGAUAAGAUAUCAAGAGUCCUGGAGAAUGAAUUUCCGGAUGGGGGUGUAGUCUCUGUAAGCAGUCCCAGUAGCAUUGCCAAUGAUAAAGAUAUCACAGAUUUUAAAGGGUGUGAAAGCAGCGGAGAUAAAAUGGAUGGUGUUGCUUCCUCCCAAAUUGUCAUAGUUUGUAACAGUACAGAGCCACGAGAUUCUGAACCUAUGGGUGGGGGCCAGGGAAGUUGCAGUGAUAUACCUGUAAAUGAUACAGGUAUGGGAUUAGUGAGCCUAAGCAAUAAAACAGCCUGUGAAAGUACAGGAGAGAUCAUCACAGACAGGCCAUGUAAUAACUCAGGGCUAACAUCGACUUGCUCAGUCACAGACAGUAGAUUGGCUGGCUCUGAUGUAACAGGUUCAUUUAGUAGCACUAACAAGCUUUAUGAAAAGGACACCAAGGGAAGAACUAAUGUGACCUCUUCAGGGGUAUCAUUAGAAAAUGAAGAUCUGGCUUCGUGUACUGGGAGUGCUGAUGCUAAUGAGAGCUGGGAUGCUCUUUUUAAUGAUGAUGGGGACUGUCUCGACUCUCAUCUUCUGGAACAGCUGACAAAUAGGGAUGAAAAGGUUAUUCAAGAGCCAAGAUUUAACUAUUAUGACUAUGAACCUAAAGAAAUGGAGUUGGACGACUUAGAACUGGCACACGUGAUCGAGAUUUAUGACUUUCCAGCUGAAUUUAAGACGGAGGAUUUAAUUCGAGCAUUUGCCAGCUACCAAAAGAAAGGAUUCGAUAUCAAAUGGGUUGAUGAUACUCACGCCCUUGGCUUAUUUGCCAGUCCUAUAACAGCUCGUGAUGCACUCAGUUCCAAAAAUCCAAUGGUUAAAGUCCGUCCCUUGUCACAAGCCACGAGGGCCUCUAAAGCCAAAGCAAGGGCAUGCUCUGAGUUCCUGCAGCCUGCUAAAGAGCGUCCAGAAACGUCUGCGGUUCUUGCAAGGAGACUUGUGAUUAGUGCCCUGGGAGUGCGCAGCACACAGACCAAAGCUGAACGGGAGGCUGAACGUAAAAAGCUAAAAGAAGCAAAAGAGAGAAGGCAUUUAGAAGCUAAGCAGCGUGAGGAUGCCUGGGAAGGCAGGUGAUGGCACCGAUGUUUGAACACAGCGAGGAGAAUGACAUGAAUCUCUAACAGAGAACUUCUGAACAAGAAUAAAAGAUUCAAGCUUGGAACACGUACACUGGGUGUGACCCAUUCAUGGAGCAUUUGUUUGGCAGAGGAAGAAUAAAGAGACUGGCUUACACAGCAGAAAUAGUAGGAGGCAGUGUGUGAAAUAAGCAGUGGUGGCCCACCAGUGAGUGAUCCCUGAAUCCUGCCUCAAUAUAUAGCUGGCCAUACACAGGGCAACAGUGCUACUAACUUUGCCACUCUGCAUGGGCACAAAAUGACAAAUUUGCCUCAACUGUAUCUGCUUGGAUCUGAGCUAGAUAUCUGUUAGACAUGUCCUUUCUCCUGAUGGGCCUCUGUAUGUCAUUAUUGUUAUCUGAUCUAUGGCCUGGGUGUCAAAGAUUCACCAUCCGGCCAACUUAAAUUCUAAAGGCAUGGUAUUAUAACACCACUCCUGCUUUUAACGCCCAGGAAAACCCAUGUAUUGAGUAGCCCCAGCUAAAUAUAAUGAUUUGCCAAAGUUUGUAGUUAGCAUUUGUGAUGGAAUAGCACAUUGGCCACUUCUAUAGUGGAGUGAUCCUGUUUUACUGUUAUCACUCCAGUUUGCAAAUAAAAGGUUAUUUUUGGUUAGAGCAAAUAACAAUUAUAAGUUUUACAUACAAGUUAUGUUAUACAUUUAAGGUGGAAACUAGAUCUGAUGCAGUUUGCUUUUCUUAAAAGGUUGCGCCUGUGAACAGUUUCUCCACGACCAUAUUUUUACAUAGAAAUUAUAUAUUGUAACUUAAGGAGAACCUGUUUAGAAGAUCUCAAGCCAAUAAAGAAGAAUAUUUAUUAAUUUUUUUUAUUGACUUUAAAAUAAAAAAAUAUAUAUAUAUUCUUAA